GAAAGGGAUCAGUGAUUUGAAAACAUCCUGUGUGCCUCCAGGAUGCCUAGGAAGUGGAUUUCAGUUCUGCUGCUGCUACAGCUGAGUUGCCACUUCAGCCCUGGGAGCUGUGGGAAGGUGCUGGUGUGGCCCACAGAAUACAGCCAUUGGAUCAACAUGAAGACAAUCCUGGAUGCACUUGUGCAGAGAGGUCAUGAAGUGACUGUUCUGACAUCUUCAGCUUCGAUUCUUGUUGAUCCCAAUAAACCAUCUGCUAUUCAAUUUGAGAUUUUUCCUGCAUCUUUAACAAAAGAUGAUUUUGAGGAUCUUUCCAUGCGGAUUAUCUCUAAAUGGUUAUAUGGGAGAAAAGAUACAUUUUUUACUUAUUUUUCAUUAAUGCAAGAUAUGUUUUGGGAAUAUUAUGAUUGCAUUCAAACACUUUGUAAAGAUGUAGUUUUGAACAAGAAACUUAUGACCAAACUACAGGAAUCAAGGUUUGAUGUAGUUCUUGCAGAUGCCAUUGGACCCUGUGGUGAGCUGCUGGCUGAGCUACUUAAAAUUCCUUUUGUGUACAGUCUCCGCUUCUCUCCUGGCUAUAACAUUGAAAAGUUCAGUGGAGGACUUCCAUUCCCUCCAUCCUACGUACCUGUUAUCUUGUCAGAAUUAAGUGAUCACAUGACAUUCAUGGAGCGAGUAAAAAAUAUGAUUUACAUGCUUUAUUUUGACUUCUGGUUCCAAACAUAUAAUCUGAAGAAGUGGGAUCAGUUUUAUAGUGAUGUUCUAGGAAGACCCACUACAUUAUAUGAGACGAUGGAGAAAGCUGAAAUAUGGCUCAUUCGAACCUAUUGGGAUUUUGAAUUUCCUCGCCCAGUCUUACCACAUUUUCAUUUUGUUGGAGGACUCCACUGCAAGCCUGCCAAACCCCUGCCUAAGGAGAUGGAAGAGUUUGUCCAGAGCUCUGGAAAACAUGGUAUUGUCGUGUUUUCUUUGGGAUCAAUCAUCUCAAAUAUAUCAGAAGAAAGAGCCAAUGUGAUUGCAUCAGCCCUUGCCCAGAUUCCACAAAAGGUUCUAUGGAGAUUUGAUGGCAAGAAACCAGAUACCUUGGGGCCAAAUACUCGGCUCUAUAAGUGGAUCCCCCAGAAUGACCUUCUUGGUCAUCCAAAAACCAAAGCCUUUAUAACUCACGGUGGAACCAAUGGCAUCUAUGAGGCAAUCUCCCAUGGGAUCCCUAUGGUGGGCCUUCCUAUGUUUGCGGAUCAACCUGAUAACAUUGCUCACAUGAAGACCAAGGGAGCAGCUAUCAGAAUGGACUUCAACACCAUGUCUACUGCAGAUUUACUCAAUGCAUUGAAGACAGUCAUUAAUGACCCAUCAUAUAAAGAGAAUGCAAUGAGAUUGUCAAGAAUUCAUCAUGACCAGCCUAUGAAACCUCUGGAGCGAGCAGUCUUCUGGAUCGAGUUUGUCAUGCGCCACAAAGGAGCCAAACACCUGCGGCCAGCCUCCCAUGACCUCAGCUGGUGCCAGUACCACUCUCUGGAUGUGAUAGGGUUCCUGCUGGCCUGUGUGGCAACUGCUACAUUUGUCAUCACAAAAUGUUGUCUUUUUUGUUACCAGAAGUUUGCUAAACCAGGAAAGAAGAAAAAAAGGGAGUAGUUUCUGAGGCCUGAAGCUGACACUCCUGAAGCUGAUAUGCCUCCUUCAUUUUAUUCUGUACAAUGAAGUUGUAACAUGAGGAUUCCUACUUUUUGUGACAAAAACGACUUUUCACAAUUUAGCUUCACAAAUCAAACUUUGUUUUCAACUGAUUUUCUGUCUGUUUAAGAGUUAAAAACAUUCAUACCGAAGAGGAAAAAACUGGGCAAAAAUAAAAUAAUAAAACAA